AUGAACUGCGUCUUGCAAACAGUGGCUUUGCUCGUUGUAGUCACCGGGACGCAUUCAUGCAAAAAGAGCGUGGACUAUGGACCAAAGGAUACCGUCUGCAUGUGCCACUCAACGGAAGCUAAUGAAGGUCAUGAUUAUGUAGAAUUGCCAACAUAUGAAAACACCUGUGAUGGGGUCAACGUUGCCAGGCGUCCAAGAUGUAGGGUGGACUGUAUCCUCGUUGUGCAAGGGUAG